AUGGGUGGGGAUGACCAAAUAUUUCGUUCCAACGUGUCGCAUAAUUACUACAGUGAGGCACUGCAGGCGCAGCGGAAACCCCUAAAUUGUCCCACGUGCAAACGUGUCGGCCGUUUCGCCGGCACACUCAAUGAGAUUUACCGCCGCAUCCCCCGCACGCAGUGGGAGUCACUAAUCCUAUGCCAUGUGUGUGGUGAGAACGUGCUGCGGCGGGAAGACGCGGUAACACGGCAACGCGUAUGGUAUUGUGAGUCUUGUGAGAUCUGUUUGUGCACGAAGUGCCAGCGUUAG